UGCACUAGGUGAAUAGUCGCGGCCAAGUGAGGAUGGUAGGCGUCUGUUUGAUGGUUUAAAUACAUUACGAAUUCCUCUUCUUAUAAAAGCAGGAAACCCACAGAACUAAUACAGCCAAAUAUUAUGGCAACGUCUUCCAAGAAGAUUACGUACACAAAUGAGUUUAAGUUAAAGGUCUUGGAUUACUAUUUCAAAAAUGGAGGUGAUGAAAACUUUGGACUUAAGAAGAAAACGGCAGGUCUUUUCAAUAUUGACAAGAAAACUGUUAACCGAAUGCUUAACAACCCUGAUAUGGUGAAAAGGGCACGGAAACUUUUGUCCAAAAAAGUUCCUGUGAGUGCCAAAGGAGUUGGUGGUGCUCGUCAUGGAGGUGCCAAGGCCACUUCUAAAACCACUAAAGCAAGUGGCAGUAAAGGUGGCAUACCUGGUGGUAAACUUGGCACAGCUAGUACUUCAGGCAAAAUAACAGGCUCCAGUCACACUAGUGCCUCAAAUACCAGCAGCAGCAAUUUAAAAGCACCUACCUCAUCUUCUAUCAGUACAAAACAUGUGGGUAGCAGUAACAGCAGCAGCCAAAGUGGCAGUACCAGUACACACACUUCUACCAAGACUAACACAUCAAAAAUAAAAUACACAGGGCAGGAUAUUAAUACUGGGGUCCAAGUGUUUGAUCUCCCAGAAGACCCAGAUUACUCUUUACUCAAGCGUUCUAUCAAUGCCUCUGCCAAUGGUGUAGCUAACAUAGCCAGACUGCUUGUUUCAGCAACAGAAGAGGUGCGAAACAUCAUCCUCAAGGAGUGUGACAUGAUCCUAGAAUGCAAAGUUUGUCACAAUCUUUUCCGGUCAGUGGUAAACUUUUUAGCACACAAGAGAAUAUACUGCCAAGAAGAGUAUGCUGAUGUUAGAACACUAUUUCACAAAGAUAAUGUACAAGGUAUCACCAGCCAGUCCAAUACAGUGGUUGUUGAGCCAGAGCCUCCUCCUGAUGUACAUCCUCAUCCUUCUACCUCAUCUGCCUCUGUCACAAUGAAAAAGCCUGCAAGAACUGCUAUGCAGGGAAGUUCGAGGAUUGAUUCAAUAGCUACAAAAUUAGCCAACAGAAGGAAACAGCACAGUGUCUCUCAUGCCUCCCAUAUAGGAUCAUCACAAUAUUAUGAACGCUUGUCUCAUGUGAAUAGUAAACGAGAUAAACUAAGCCGGGAUUGCUCAGUUGUGUUAGAGGAUAUAGGUGGUGUUGCAAAUGCACGGUAUCAAACUUAUUUGUCACCAAGCACCCCUGCCCCCACUGUGUCCAUGAACACCAUUCUUGAUGAGGUGUCACAGCGUUCAAGUGGACUCACAGUUGCAAUCAAUGAACAUGGAGAGAUUAUGAAAACAGCUCCGGGCAAUGUAAUUGCAAUGGAUGUAGAGCCACCAACAUCUAGUUCAGAAAUAUCGAAGGAACUUGUCUGUCGCACGUGCAAUACAAGAUUUGCAACUCAGAAGACCUUAAGUGUUCAUCAACGCUCACAUCAUGGGUUUGAACGAUGCAUAUAUUGCUGUCCCAUUUGCAAGACAACUUUCCUCAGUAUGUGGGCUGUUGUUAAACAUUUACAAAAAUAUCAUAAGAAAUCAAAAAAUCAGACUGAACGGUUGCGCAAAGUAAUAAAGAAGAAUGCUUUCAAGAAAAUGGUGUACCAUAGUGAAGAUAUCCAUGGGGAAUACCAUGAGAUGACCACUGAUAAAGUGAAGAAGGAAAAUUUUCAAGAGGAGGAUCAGGAAGUGGAGGAUGAAGAAGAGGUUGAUGUAGAAGUUGAAGCUAGAACACAUGCUCAACUUACUAAAAAAGAUGUUGCAAGUCCACUUAAGAGUACAUUCAUUGCAAGCCCAAGAAAAUGUACACCUACUAAAUCUAUUCUGAAGGGGUGGAGGUCCAAAGAGGGGGUGCGUUGGAUGUGUAAUGUGUGUCAGAAGAUGUUCAUAACAAGAGCUGCAAGUUUAGCUCAUGUGGCAACACACAUUAUCUGCAACUUUGAGCCCAAGGCUGUAUUAGUCAACAUAGAAUCUGGGACGCAUGUAAGAGACCAAAGAAGCAGUUCGGGAGACUCCGACAGAAAUCAGAGCCUUGAGACAAGUGACAAUGAGUCAGAUGAAAUGGAAGAGGAAAAUGAAGAUCAGUUUGAAGAGGAUCAGGAAGAGGUUUUGAAAGAAAUAGUCAUUAAAGGACAAGAAAUAAAAAACAAAAGAAAAAACCAAAAAACUGUGCAGAGAUUUGUGGUGGAUGACUCCGUAUCAAAAAUGGCUGAAAAAUAUACUGAUAAUGGUAGUUUUGAAAGUUAUAGUGAUUCUGUGAAAAGUGAACAAAGUGAAAGCCAGUGUGAAGUUACUCUGAAUGAAAUUCCCAAAUGGGGUGUGAAAAUUAGUGUUAGCCCAGCAUCUCAGAGGGAAAAAGAAAGCUUUAAACCUUCAUCCAGUUUUAUAGGUGAUGAUGUGAAAAUAGGUGUUGCUUCAAAUUUUUUGAAUAUUAGAAAUGUGCCCCAAUUUCCUAUGGAUACUCAGGCUUCUGUAGCUGAUAUAUCAGAUAGUCUUGAACAUCAUUAUUGUGGUGGUUUAAAAAGCUCAAAAGAAGAAACACCAGUGAAUAAGUUGACAAAAAAUCAAGUAGCAACCCCAACUCGUGUAGGCCUACCAGAAGGAAAUAUCCUCAGUUCAGAAGAUAUGGAUGGAGCUUUAGAGUGCUUGUUAAAGCCAUCACUUGAUUUUUUACCUGCAAUAAAAUCCAGUUGGGAAUCUCAGUCAGAGGAAGAUGUGCACAAAGAAGCAACAAAACUUGGCUUAUUUGAAGAGGAUUGGAGUAGAAGUGGCACUCCCUCUGAGUCAGAGGGUGGGAAGGAGGAACUAGAAUCACUCUCUGUAGUCAUGACCCCAGAACAGAGUUCUAAAGAUAGUGAAUCAUAUAAUGAAAAUGAGGAAAUUGAAUCAGAAAUUAUGACUUCAGAACAAAUGGAUAUAGAUGAAGAGUCAGAAGAGAAGAUUGAAAGUAAUGCCACACAUGAUGUAAAAUAUUUGUCUGUUGCUGAUAAAGAGGCAGAGAGUCUACUUAAGAAGUUGCCUUUACAUCAGAAACCAUGUGAGAGGGAUUCUAAUUUCUUAGAUGAUAUUCAAGAGAAGGAAUUGAAAGUUUCAUAUAAUAGUGCUUCUCCCAUGCUACACUCUACCAAAGAACCAAAGGACAUAAAAGAGGCAGAAAAAGAGGUUGGCCAAAGGGGAGAAAAGAGAAAAAUGGAAGGUAACAAGAAUUUAAUGGCUGAUAUGGUGGGAGGUGAUAUAUUAAAUAAAGUCUUUGGAGUGAAGGAAGAAAUGAUAAAAGAAGAAGUAAUUAUAAAAGAAGAAGUAAUUAUAUCAAUGAAUGAAGGAAUUGUAGUCAAAGAAGAUGUAAGCUGUCAAGAGUUAAGAGUGAAAGAAGAAAAUGCAGAAAAAGAAUUUACAGAUGAUUCUGUAAGGGAUAAACUGAGAGAAAAGUACAUUUCCAUAAAAGACUUUAGUCCUGUACAUUGUGAAAACAAACCAGUUAACAGAGAACACAGGCACCUUCAUAGAGGGGGCAUUUUCACAUCAAAAUCAUCAUCUACAGCUGAAAAAUGUGAAAAUUUAAAGAAUUAUUUACCAUUGGAAAUAAAUGAGAAAAAGGUGAAUACUUGUCAGACUGGUAAUGAAAAGGAAUAUCAGUCCUUAGCUUUAAAUGAAGAAAAUAUUUCAUUAAAAUCUGUAGCGCAGUCCACGGAUGUGUUGCUCCAAACCAAAAGGACUGUAGACUCAAAAUCUGUUGACAAAUACCCAGUCUUGAUGCAUGAUGCUGAAAGCUCUGAUUAUCUUGUUACCAAUUCUCAAAUUAAUACAGACAAAGAUGCAGAAGCCUCUGUUUUAGGCUUAGAAGUAAAGUCAUCUGCAGAUAAUUUAACCACACUUGGAAAUUAUAAAGCUCCUAUAGAUAAAUUAGGAAAUGUGUCAGAAUCAAAACUUUCUUCAACACCUUUAAUCCAGUCAAAAUCUUAUGCAACCUUUUUAUCCAGGCCAAAAACGUAUGCAUCUCAUACAAUUAAACUGAAAACUAGUGGAAUAUCUGCAGCUCAACCUAAAACAUUAGAUUCUGUAAACCAAUCAGACACAUCACCCUCCAGCAUAACUCAACCAGGAAUUUUGUCUGUACCCAAAUCAGGAAUAGCUUCAGGAUUUGUAACACAGUCAAGUUCAUCUGUAGCUUCCAAAAACCAAUCUACAGCUUUAGAAACAGUAUUGGAUUUACAGUUGCCACAUAUUUCAACAACUGCAGUAAUACUACCCAUAACUCAUGUACCUAAAGAAACUUAUCCAAAAACUGUGGCAUUAGUCAAGACUUCAUCACUAUUGAAAACUGAAAGUGCUUUAUGUACAGUUUCACCAGCUGUACAAGAUGUUUCUUCAGCUGCCAUAGUUUCAUCAGAGAUCAUACCAACAUUAUCUAGACAAAAAACUGCCAUCAAUGUAAUUUCACAUCCAAGUUCUGCUCCUUUAAGUCAUACUGUGGCUUUUGGAAUUCAAGGACUAGUUUCACAUACUCAGCAAGACAAUCCUUUAACCUCUGUGUCCCAGCAUCAGAGCUCUGUUAUUUCCCAGCCCUCUAUGAAGGACACCAAGAUUUCUAUGGCUUCAAUGUCUUCAGCAUAUAUCAGUAUUUCUGAUACUUCUUUAAAUGAACAUAAAAGCACCGUAGCAGUGGUUAGUCACUCAAAAACUGUUAAUGCCACUGUAACGCAGCACAAAACAAGUGCACCAACAGUGUCCCCACCACAAGUUGCCACUACCACUUUAACAAAAUCCCAAGCUAUCACUGCAUCUGUGACAAAGGCCAGAACUACCUUGCCUAAAACUACUGCCUCUUUAAGUCAGUUAAGAACAACCACUACAUCUGUGCCCCAGCCAAAAACUCUUACUACAUCCAUUUUACAUGUUAGAACUGGUGCACCUGUUCCCCAGCUUAGAACUACUACAGCUGCUUUUGUGACCCAACCUACAACUACUGCUUCCAUUAUAUCUGAUAACCAACUUCUAGGUACCACAUCAGUGACUCAACCUAGAACUACUGCUUCCAAUACAUGUGAUAACCAAUUUAUAACUACCACAUCUGUGACUCAACCCAGAACUGCUGCUUCCAAAACAUCUGAUACCCAACUUGUAACUACCACAUCUGUGACUCAACCUGGAAAUAUUGCUUCCAGUGUAUCUGAUACCCAACUUAAAACUACCUUAUCUGUGACUCAACCUAGAACUACCAAUGCAUCUGUGACCUUGCCAACAACUACUGUAUCUGUCACUGAGGCUCAAACCACUGCAUCCAUUACCCAGUCUGCAACAACUACUUCUAAGACCCAGCCUAGAACUACUACUAGUUCUGAGACCCAACCGAGAACUACUACUAGUUCUGAGACCCAACCCAGAACUACUACUAGUUUUGAGACCCAACCCAGAACUACUACUAGCUCUGAGACCCAACCCAGAACUACUACUAGCUCUGAGACCCAACCCAGAAAAACUACUAGCUCUGAGACCCAACCCAGAACUACUACUAGCACUGAAACCCAGCCCAGAACUAUUACUACUAGCUCUGAGACCCAACCCAGAACUACUACUAGCUCUGAGACCCAACCCAGAAAAACUACUAGCUCUGAGACCCAACCCAGAACUACUACUAGCUCUGAAACCCAGCCCAGAACUAUUACUACUAGCUCUGAGACCCAGCCCAGAACUAUUACUACUAGCUCUGAGACCCAGCCCAGAACUAUUACUACUACUAGCUGAGACCCA